AUGGCUUUUCCAAACAACUUGUUAGCAGCUUCUUCCACAACAAUUCUCUUCUUCUUCCUCGUCUUCUCUUCAUCAUUAGAGGCAGUUCCUCUACCUCCAAACUCUAAAUUAACAAAGCUGAAAGAACGUGCAUGCCAUGCAACGAAUAGUUACACGUUUUGCAUGAAGAGACUCAAUCGCAAUCCUCAAGCCAUUUCAGCAAAAACUGAUUUGGAUCUUCAAAAGGCCAUUCUUGAAAUGGGCAAGACCAAGGCUCUCAGGAUUCAAACUGUCAUUUAUAAGAUGCGAGUUAGUAAGGACCCAAGGUUCGUGGCGGUGAAGCCGGCUCUUGCCGUCUGUGCAAAUUCGUACAUUAGCAUUGUUGGGUCGUUCCAGGCAGUGGCGGAGCUGGAGCUAGAGGAGGAUUUAUUGUCUGCUAAUUAUGAUAUAAUGGUGUUAUUUGAUUAUAUUGGGUACUGCGAAGAUGCAUUGGCGAAAGCAACUGCUCGUCUUCCAGAUAUGGCGAUUGCAAACAGAGCCAUGAAGUAUUUCAUUUCCAUGGCAGCUACUGCAACAAAUGGUUUGGAGUAG